UUCCUUAUAAGUACCAUGUUUAUUUCGGUCUCUUCUCCCAUUUUGCUAGCUGCCACAGCUCGCGCAUUCGGAGGCUUAUCUAGGGUUUCGGGUUCUUCUAGGGUCUCCGCCAAAAUGGUUCUUCCGAACGAUAUUGAUUUGCUCAACCCUCCGGCCGAGCUUGAGAAGAGGAGGCACAAACUCAAGCGUCUUGUGCAAUCACCGAAUUCAUUCUUUAUGGACGUGAAGUGCCAAGGCUGUUUCAACAUAACUACUGUCUUCAGCCACUCGCAAACCGUUGUGGUGUGUGGGAACUGCCAGACGGUAUUAUGUCAGCCUACGGGAGGACGUGCUAGACUUACCGAGGGAUGCUCCUUCAGGAGGAAGGGGGACUGAGUGGUGAUCACUAAAUGUUGUUAGAAUUCGUAUUGGCUUAGUGUUGGAAAAUGAGGCGGUUUUGGUUUUGUUUCUAAGAUAUAAUUUUGUUAGGAGAACAUUUGUGACUGAGAUUACUACCGACUGAUAGUUUCUCUACUUUAUGAAAUUUGAUUUUAUUUGGAACUACUGUUAAUAUAUUUUUGUCAUUACUCCAUUCAUCUUUAA